CAUAAGCUCCGCGCUGGCCACGCCCCUUUUACCUCAGGUUAUCGUCGCGAGGCUGCCGCUGCCUAAGGCGACGCGGCUUGCCGCCUCUCAGCGGCCUCGGGCACUGGGACGCGGCAAGAAGCAGCGGCGGCGGCGGGUCCCUCCCACCCGGAGUUGCCCAGGCGCCUCCUCUGCUCCCUCCCUCGGUCGCCGCCGCUGUGAGUCACGACGACGGAGGGAGGAGGAAGGAGAAGAGAAGCAGCGGCGGCGGCUUUUAUAUAUAUAUAUAUAUAUAUAUAUAUAUACACACACACACACACACACACACACACGGGUCGGGGCGUCUCUUUCCUCAGGCGGAAAAAAACAACAGCAAAAGACUUGCCCCUCCUCGGACCCGAGCCCACUCGAAAGUGCGAGGAACAGGACACGAUCCUGCCUGCCUACUUCCUCCCUCGUCUACGCGCGAGGGGGGCACCCGAGGGCUCCUCCCUCACCGCGGCAACCCGCCCCUACUGCUGUUACUGCCGCCGCCGCCACCUCAGAGUGGAAUUUUGCAGUGUUUCCAAGCUGCAACUACGGAGUCAAGUUCAUUACUUCAGUGAGCUUUUCUCCACCUUACAAAGCGAGGUGGUGCCCUGCAUGCUUUUCCCAAGGCGCAAAUUGCAUCUUUGAUUUCUCAUUCCUUGGCUGUUCCUGACUAAACGUUCUCAUAGCCUGAAGUUACUAGGCAAGCAGGAAUCUUAGGAACUGGGAAGAGGGGGAUGAACCGUGAGGGUGUCCCCGGGAAGAGUCCGGAGGAGAUGUAUAUUCAGCAGAAAGUCAGAGUCCUGCUUAUGCUUCGGAAGAUGGGAUCAAAUUUAACCACCAGCGAGGAGGAGUUCUUGCGGACGUAUGCAGGGGUAGUGAAUAGCCAACUUAGCCAGCUUCCUCAGCAUUCGAUCGAUCAGGGUGCCGAGGACGGGGUGAUGGCAUUUUCCAGGUCGGAGACUGAAGACAGAAGGCAGUAGCCGCAAGGGCUGUCUGAGCAAUACAGAGCCGGAGCAGAGCAAAUAAGCUCUUAGAGAUCAAGGAAGAUGGCCAGACAAUCAUGAGUUCCUUUGCCCUCCCCAGAUUUUUUGUUGUCCCGUGGUAGCCUUCCCCACCCCACUGAAUUCAGUUUUCCUGUUGCCUGACCUGAAUGUAUUUCACAGCUAUCUGUUCUGUAUACUCUGCUGGUGGGUCAGCAAGGCUGUCUAAAUCAAGGACAAGUCUCGAAAUGCAUUUGUAAUUGGCUCAAAAAAAAAAAAAAGGUGGACUCUGAUUGGCUGGGUAAAGGAAGGAAACUUGACCAGUGGAAACACUCCCCUUUAUUUUGUAUUUUUAAGAAUUGUUGCUGACAUCCUGCUUCUUAAAAGCCUUUAAGCUCUGGGGCUUAUUUAGGUCAUGCCUGUGUGUGUUUUUGGAAAGGGGCUUGGCUGUGUGAAACUGGAAAUGAACUGUGGCUGCUGUUUGUUUGCAAAAUGAGUGACUUGCAGGUGUUUUGCUGACAUCCGUGUUUUCCUUGCUAAAAAUUGCAGGGGUGGGAGGGAAGAAGGGUAGAUGGAAUUAAUGUAUUUAGUUACUGCUUCACAUUUAUUGUCAAGGUGGGAGGGGAAAAUGUUUUGCUAUAUUUAUUACAUGCUUGCUUGCCUUUAAAAACAAACAAACAACUGGCUUAACUGUUGACUUCCUAUCGGCUGCAGAGUCUACUGUGCAACUGACUCUUCCAGGCUGGUCUGCUUCAUGCUCUCAAAAGAAUGGUUGCUUGAAAGCAUACUUGGUUUUCUCAAGUCUGCCCAGGCAGGAAGGAGGUGGUCAGAAGCCCUGCCGCUUUGUUUAGAGUUGUGGCAAUGAGCCUCCACUGAAAACUGGGGCAGCUCCCUUGCAGAAGGCUCAUCAGUACUGUGGAGGCUUUAUAUGUGCCCCAAAAUCUGUGACAUACAAAUGUCAAACCAGGAUGGAGUGCAAGCUAAUCCUUCUAAACAAUCCACACAGUUCCAGCUUCAACCCAUUAACUGGCUCACAGAUUGCAGGGCAGUGGGUGUGAGAAGAACAUCAGCCUGAAUUCUAUAACUUUGGCCUAAUGCCUCCACUGACUUAUUGAGGUGGAAUUGAUCGGUUCCUCAAAUUGGGCUUGCUUUCAUGCGCUGGCUGAUCCCUUUGGAGGCAGCGCAUCUCGCCCAAAGAGAUCCAAAUGGCUACAGGUGGUACUACCAGUUCAUAGACCAACUGAAGCAAUGAUGUUAAUUCAUUACAUGCCCUUGCUUGCCAGGAAGUUGCAUGUUAAAAUCCUGAAACUCUACGUGCUGCCUGUGCCCAAACAUCUCCUCUUUUGUUACAUGCCAUGAAUAUUCACAGUACUCUUCCAGGAAGGCACCUAGGUGAGAUGGUACUGAUAAAGUAUUUGAGAAAAAAAUUGAAACAAACUUAUUUUGUCUCUUUCCCUGUCUUUGGGGCGGAGGUCAUUAUCUAGAGGAAGCAUCUUAAGGAAAUGGCUAUGGCAAGCUAGAGUUUCCAAGGGCUUUUGGUUGUGAGGGUGCAGGUGCUUGUGUGUGGGGGGAGAGGAAUUAAGAUACCCAAUAGCAUAGGGUGGGAGAUAAUAUACAGAAAAGCGGGAUGACGAUGAUCCCAAAUGAAUUUGUCUACCUGCUGCUGAUGACCCCUAUUUAAAUGAAACCAGCAAUAAAUGCAGUUCACCCUUGCAAUUCAAGCUUUGUUCCCACAAUCUUUUUUAAAACAUGCAUAGAGAAAAGCGCAGCUCCUCAAAAAAAAAAAAAAAAAAGUCAGGGUGUGGCCAGAGGGAUCAGGGUUUUGUUUGGGGUUUUUUGACAUGACAAAAUGUGCAGCUGUUGGUCUGUUGCAGAGAUUACACGUUUUCCCUCACCCAAGCAUAUCCGUGUUAGGGAAGUCUUAUUUCCUUAAAUCUCAAUCUGCAUCGUAUUGUUGGUGGGGGAAAUCCCCCCCCCAGCCAGGACUCCUAUUGCAAUGUCUGGUGGGUGCUGAUAGUAUCUGGGUCACCUCUCCCCACCCGCCCACCUCAGUGCCACUGAGGAGCUUUAUUAACUUAUUUUUCUAGUUUGUGUUAUACUACUAUAGCGGCAGAGCCCUCCCCAGUCGAAGUGCUUGUGAAAAAGUAUCUCGCACCAGUGAUGCUUCCAUAUCCCCGCUGUGGCAGCUCCCCAACAUUUAACAAAUCUUCCUCCCCUCCUCAAAAGCUGUACUUUUCCUAUGCUUCCCCGCUGAUCUUCUAAAUCUUUUUUUUUAAAAAUAGUAGUAAAAAUGCUAUUCCUCUCUG